AUGAAAAAAGCUGAACCCGUUCAGUCUAUUUUGAGGAAUGGUGAAUGCAGAAUUCAGCUUUUAAGUAAGCGAGAAGAUGGAGCAUUUAAUGCUGGAGGAAAAGUUGAAGCAAUUGUGAGAUUACAACUUGAGGAACCACUGGCAGUGAGAGGUCUAGUGGUCAAACUCCAUGGUUAUUCUAAGACGGAUUGGAAUGACUCCGUGGGUCCGAAUAGUUUUAGACGAGGAGGAAGACAGGAAAUCGUCAACCUAGAAAACAAAUUAUUUAAAGCAAUGUCAUCUGGUGUUAAGACCUAUGACAUUGGUCCUCACGAGUUUCGUGUCAAGUUUGACCUGCCCAGGGCUAUCCCGUCAUCCUUUGAAGGGUCAAAUGGGUUCAUCAGAUACAUACUGUAUGUUUUGGCUCUAACGGACCAAAAGACAGAAAUGCUGGACCCAACGAACGUCCAUGUCAUCUGUCCUUUAGAUCUGAAUUUUGAUCCCAUUAACGGGCUGCCUUGGAACCGAUCAGAGAAUAAAGAUGUCGGACUGUUCCCUUGCCUAGCGGGUAAAGUCAGCAUGACGUUCCAGGUAGACAAGAGGGGUUUCUGUCCAGGGGAGACAAUUUCUUUGUUUGGACAAAUUCACAACAAUUCAAGAAUGGUCAUAGCCUUCAGCAAGUGUUCGGUUAUACAGAAGAUAAGAUAUCUUCAGGACAAGUGGCAUGACCACGUGGAAAAGAAAACUAUAGUCAGUGUCAAACACGACUCUACCCUUCCGGGCUCUACAGAUUCCUGGGACGGAGAGGAGUUAAAGAUCCCCGCGGAUAUCACCACCAAUCUCGAUCACUGCAAGCUUAUACAAGUCAAGUACACUAUUAAAGUAAGCAAUUGA